GUCAUUCGAUCCCCCUGAGGGUCACCAGGCGGACGGAGACAGUUAGUGCUGUUAGUGGACACAUGAACUCCUCAGAGACACAAGGUUGAGGGUGGCCUUGGUUGUAUUUCCUCAAAGCAUGAAAUGUUGCAACUGUGCAGUAUGUUCUUCCUGGAGAAGGACACACCUCCUCCAUCCAAAGUACCUCAUGUAUGAUCUCUGAGGUUUUCGGAUCACUUUGGAUCUCAUUUACAAACAAAGCGGAUCAUGUCGAGAGUGGAAGCCUUCAGGGACACAAACCUUCGCUCGCUGCUGAGGGAGCUGCGGACUGAUAUCGCUAUGGCUGUAGACGACCCUUUCCCUCUGGUCUACGGCUUGGUGGACAAAAACAUCAUCACCGACCAGCUACUGAAGGACACUUUGGAAAAGGAAGGCAGAGAAGGGAUCCACAAGGCCAUGUACUCCCUGCUGUCCUGGGUCCUGGAGCAGAGCAGAUCCACCGUCCAGGCUUUCUGGAGCAACCUGUCCAAAGACUACAACCUGGACAGCUACCCCAAGCUGCAGACGCUGCUCUCUAACCUGCACUCCAGACGGGAUGCUGCAGGUUCCAGAGGUGAGAAGAGAUCCUCUGGAGGCCACAAAACGCCUCACACCAAGAAGAGGAGCAACAAGGACCGAGACACAAACUCACACAAUCUGCUUCCACAGUAUCACGCCAAGACAAGCAAUGGACCAGGGGGUAAAGUGCGGCUGUACAGAGUGAAGAGUGAAGCUGCAGCUCCACAGUUAACAUCUGGAAACACUGCAGGUGAUCAGGCUGUGUCGAGACCAGUCACUCUGUCUUCCUCCUCCUCUGCCUCCUUAUCUGAGCCGGAUAAGGUCAGCCAUGAAGCCGAGGAGAAGAUCCAGAUCAAGCAGAUGUUUGGCUCAGAUGGAAGUACCAAAAAGUGCAUUAACGUUUGUGGGGAGUUUUACUCCUGUGGCCAGUCAGAGCAGAUAAAUGGAGCAACCAAAGCUGUUCAGAAGACGUUUCGACACCAGGGGGAGACAAACACAGGCCUGGUUCAAUAUAACGAAGAUGAGUGUGCAGUGUGUAAAGACGGAGGUGAGCUGAUCUGUUGUGACGGCUGUCCUCGAGCUUUUCAUCUGACCUGCACCGACCCGCCACUCUCAACUGUGCCAAGUGGCACUUGGCAGUGUGGAUGGUGCUGUGGCAACAGAGUGAAAAGGGAGAAUGCUCAGCUCCCUUUACGACCACUCGUUGCCCAGCCGCAGAAAGCAAACACGAGCUCCAUCGUCGACGUCUCCUUCUUCUCCUCGCUGUCAUCCUCCUGUGUCGCUGCUUCUAUGAAUGAUGUCAGUGGCAGAAACCAGUACUCAGGUGGAGAGCUGCUCAGUGUGAGGGAGGUGUGUGGUGUUUGUCACAUAGAAGGAGGAGACCUGACUCACUGCCUGCAGUGUUUGCAGCGCUUCCACGUACACUGCCACUUCUCCAAAGGGAGAUCCAUCUGCUUGUCCUGCUCCCUGCCCUGGUGCAGCUCUGCAGAGAAGGAGGCUGAAUCAUCCAGAGGCUUACAGCUCACCCCAGUGGUUCAAAAUGCACUCGGCCAUGAUCGGAGCUCCUCCGUCCCUGAGCCCGUCCUUCAUAAAGACGAGCUGGACUCCAUCCUGGGAGACCAGGGCUCCAUUGACGGCAUCUUUCAGUGGGCUUUCCACAACAUCUCUCGGCCUCUUCCAGACUCUCAGGGCUGCUACCAGUGACAGACAGACGAUCAGAACUCAUGUAUGAGCUCUCAGUGUAAAGUUACCCUGUAAAGUUACAAUGAUGACAUGAGUAUAGCUAAUUAAAUAGAGAUUACUGAGUUA